AUGGCCGCGCUGCCGCUGCCCGUUCGGGGGCGGCGGGGGGCGCUGCGCGCGUACGAGGCGGAGCCGGGGGAGCCGGAGCGCAAGCGAGCGUGCAAGCCAUUAGAAAGCAUUCCAAAUGAGGCUGAUGCUCGCCUCAUUGGUUGUGCCAUGGAGCUGGAUUCUAAACAGAAAAUCUCCACUGACUGUGGUCCUUGGGCUACAAAGACAAAGCAAAAUUCCAUGAUUUUUGAAAACCAUGGAAGCAGAGGUACUGCCCAGCCUUGCCCAAGAUGUAUUGCUGGAGAAUCUGGACACUUCAAUCAUAUCCUGGGCUUCUAGAAAUUGAGAGACGGCAGAUCAGCAACACUGCUUUUCUCUUUAAGUUCUAAAGAUGCACCUGUGAAGCCUGUACAGCUGGAUAUCUGUACAUUCACUCACGGCGUGGAUUUGUGUGUGGUAUUCAGCAUAUAGCAGUUUGCUGUAUGUGUUACUCUUUCAGUGCACAAUUAUGGAUAUCCUUGUUUUUACACUUGAAAAAAUGCUUCUGCUUUUAAGGUAGCUCAGUAUAUGUUUAAAAAAAAAAAAAAGGUUGAUUUAAUGUUUUAGACUAGUUAAGUUGAUCUGGCCUUUGGCCCAGUCUUCACCUGGGGCUGGGCCAAAGGUCAUGUUGAUACAAGAGAUUUUCCUCUCUCUUGGGCACUUUCUCUGAUACUCUUCGAAAACGGUCCUUGCAUUUACAUGGGUACAGGGCCUGCAGUUUUAGCGCAGCCCUGUAUGUGCAGGCAGAAGUAGGAGGACAGAAAUGUCUUCAUUUUUAGAGGGCUAUUCAGCUUUGCAGCUGUGAAGGCCAGUAAAAGUCCUGCUGAAAUUUACAUUUAAAUCCAAAAUAUGCAUCCAAUUCAGGUAUCUUACACGCUAUACUUCUAGCUUGUUUAUAACAAGCAGAGUUUGUGAAUGUGGCAGGUAAGUGUCUAAUAGAAAAAGGAGUAUUAUUUGAACAGCCCUCUAUAAAGCGAAGAUGAAUAGUAAUUCAGCUCUGUAGAGUCCUCACAAAGUUGUUAAGAUAGCAUCUGACACUCCCUGACUGUCUUUCCAGUUACUGUGAUCUGUUUAAAAAGUCUUGAACUUGUCAUCCGACAUAUUUCUAUUGGCUUGUCACAAAUAAUUUCAUCUACAUUUUGCCAGCGUAUAGGACUAUAUAAGCCUUAAACACAUUCAGAUUUUUAGACUCUAAGAUAGCCAAGUUCUGCUCUUUGGGUGUAACACUUCAGUGGCUGCUCUGGUUUAGGCAGAAGGGUCCUGAAAGCUCAGAACUGAGUGGCAGUGUGUUAACCCUCUGCACUGGAGGGGAAUUGCUGUGACCUGCCAAAGUUCACAAAGAAAGCAAUCUCCGCUGUCUGGAGAACUGCUGAGCCAUAGCUGUGCCCUGCUGCCACUCAGCUUUCGGGCAGAGUUCAACCCAAAACAGAUACGGCAGGCGUAACAGCAUUUGGCCUCGCCUGUUCUGAGAGCAGCCAGUAGCCAGUUUAAAUUAAAAUGGUAGCUCCAAAGUUGCAAAAAUCUAGUGACAGGCUUUUAAAGGUUAGUUUCCCAGUGGGGUUUAUCAGAAUGCAAAAUCCUUAGACAAAGGUUUUUCAGAGUCCUAGAAUGCUCCCCAUAUUGUGUGUUGAGUUGUAGCUAGCACCGAGUUGACUGUUAUUAAGGAGAUAUUCUUCCUAAAUAUAUGAAUGUCAUAUAAAUAUUGAAUUGAGUAAUAGAUGAGGAAAUAAGUCUAUAAAGCAGACCUGCACUAAAUUGGCGUACAGACUGUUUGGUUAGGAAAGAAUAAGUUUCCUCCAAGCCAGUAUAAAUUUUAGUUAUAUUGAAAAUAAAUAUUUUCAAAGCAAAAUUUUUCAGACACUUCAAAAUUUUAUUCAAUCACAAGAACAGUACAAUCCAUUAAAAGAUCAAAUCUCCAAGAAACACAGUGGUUUUAAAAAUUGUGUUUUCCCUGUUACCUUGAAGAUCUGAAGCUCAUCUUGAAUCCUCCCAGUCCCAAUACAAGUUGAUGCAAGCAAUAGUAUCUAUGCAACCUGGAAAGGAAAAUACCCUCACUUGAAAUGACAGUACGAUGAGCAAAUUCCUGUAUACUGAUAUCGGAGUUUAUCAACUAAUGGAAAAUAAAAAUACAAAAUGUUUUCUAAAGACUGAAAUUACAUAUUUGUUACCAAGGUAACUAGAUCAUAUUUUGUGGGCAAUUCAUUUUUACAACAUUUUUCAGCCAUUGUUUUUUAAAAAUACUGGUAAUAAUAGCAGUCAAAAAAAAAAAAAGAUGGCUAAGCAUCAGUUCCUGUGCUGUGAAAGUUGAAAUAGCUGCUUGAAGGUAAAAGGCUAAAAGGUAUCUGGAAGUUUAGUUACUGCGAAAUUAGUCAAAACCUGUUAUGCUUCAUCAAGUAAAAUGUAUGACACGUAAUGAUUCGUAGAACAGUGUAUGGUCAAAAUUUAUCCAAAGAGGAGAUUACCAAAAAUAGACUUGGACUCCAUGAUGGAAGAGUUUUCUGCUAGAAUAUAUUAGAGCAAAGAAGUAUGCCAUCAUGUUUUAAACACGGGGCAUAUGUCUAUGGAUUAUCAAACCAAAAGGGUGCUUUUCAUUUAAAUUACUCAAAUUUUAUCAUGUUAAGAAUUCACAGGUAACCUGUGUAUAUAUUUCUUCUGUUUGCUUUAAACUUAACUGUGUUUUAAUCUGGUAUGGAAUAUGGUAAAACUGAGAACCAGCUCAUUUUCCUUAUGGUCCUCAUAGGUUUUGUACCAUGUUCUUUUUAAUUCUUCUCCUUUUAGAGUAACCAUUACUUGGGCUUUUUUUGUAAAAUCUUAUCAUACAUAAAUCACAGGACGGGUCAUAGUUCGUGGCUGCAUUACAGAGGCUGAUGAAGUCAUACUAGUGUUCGAUUUUAAUGUAAUUUUUUCGUAUUAGUCUUCCCAUUGUUACUGCACACUGUGCAGGUAUUUUAUUACACUGUCCACCCUGACUCUCAAGACUGUCCUUGGAGAUUACUGCGGCUAUACAGCUGAACCAAAUAGGAGAACUUUAUCCUAUUUUUGACUGCAGUGUGAACAUGGGCCUGUUGUACUUUCUUUACACUGUUAAAAAUAUAAUGCUGCAGUGUACAUCAAGUCUAACUGAUGAGUAGUUACGUUAUUCACGUGUACAUUUUGAACAUCUAAAUGCUAUGCUAUAGAAACUAAACUUGAGUAAAAUGGUCACAAGUAGGGUUCUUUUUGUUUGUUUGUUUUUAACUGUAGCCUUUUGCAUUCCCUAGGAACACAAUAUAGGAUAUGUCAGAUCAAUUCUAUAAUAAUAUUUAAAUAAAAAACCCCUCUGUUCCCCUACCAAUUUCAUCUGUUUUGAGAAUGAACUCCAAAAAGGAGAGUAGAAAUAGAUUAGCUCAUGGAAAGUUAACUGCCCUCACUUUCAGCCUAUCCCAGUUACCACUUUCAUGUAGUUACACUGUUGUCAAUAAAAUACAUUAGAAUAGAAAAGGAAUGAAAACCAGUUGGCAGUUACCCUCUCUGCUGCAUCAUAACGCAAUUUGUAAUGAAAGAGUGAGUAUUAAAAAAAAAAAAGUUUUUGAUACAGAAAUGUGCUGCCUUUCUUCCUUAGCAAAGAUUUCUAUGAAAACCCAUCUGUAUCUUUCUGUUCCUUCAGAGUUGAUAAGUGUUUUAAUUUUUGCGUCCCUAACAUUUCAGUGUCCAGGAUAAUCUUCCCUAGUUGUUUAACUGCGAAAGCACCAGACUGGGUCAAAUGGGAACACCUAGUUCCAUAUCCUAUAUGCUCUAGUGACUGGUAGCAGGCAGACGCAUGGGAAGAGUCCAAGAAACGGGACACGUGUUGAAUGGAAAGACUUUUUACAGAUUCAAAACCAGUAUUUUAUAUUGGGUUUUGUUGUGGGCGUCCUUUCUUGCCUCGUAGCUAAGCCUUGAACAUCAAAUGUCACAGAAAUUAUGAAAAUGUCAAUAGUUUCCCACAGUGUUUUUUUCUUUGCUGUUGUUUGUUGGUAUAAAAAACGUAUUGGCUCUCAGGAAAAUGUUAAACUUGACUUCGCUCUUUUUAUUAAGCACUGGUAUCUUCAAUAUUUAAGAAGCAGUUCCUGUAUGACUAGAAUUCAAGUGCGUGUGUAUACUCAUGCUUAAUUUGCGCAGUGUAAGGAUGCUCUUCCCUAGUAUUUGUCAAAAAUAGCAGCUCCCUCCUUUCUGUUUUUCUUGAGUUAGCUUACAAUAUUAAAAAAAAUAAUGAAGAAGCCUUUGGGAGUUGCAGUUCAAGGCAGAAGGGUCACUGCGCUGUACCUUUUUAUUAGCGUUCUGCAUUCUUCCUUGUUGCGGGAGGCCGUAAGUCCCAACAAAAACUUGCACUGAUUUUUACUUACAUUUCUGGGAAUGCUACUGCUGAUAAAUAAAGUACUCUGGAUAGAUGAACAGUUCAGUUACAUGCUGUGUAAAGUAUCCCAAAGUGAAGUAGCUGGUGUUGCUCACUUUGGGAGCUGGAGUUCACGUCAUGCGUGCGUCGCGUCGUGGGGCAAAGCAGCAGCUGCUGCGUGUCACUGUGCCUGCUUCCCUGCGUCCCUGCAGACCGCCUGCCGGCCCUGCUCCUUCUGAAGUGUUAGCUCACCUCUCCAGCUGAUGAGAAACGUGUUUAGCUGUUUAGAAACAUCAUCGUUAUCCCGGCCUUUUUCACAAAUGAGAAUGCAUACGCUUCUGGAUAAACUUUGAAGUGAAUCUUUCAGCUAGGAUGCGAUUCCUUGCUCUGUGCUUUCUGAAGGGGCAAGGAAUGCAUUUAUAAAUCAGCCAGUAUGAAAACAAAUUGUAGUUUAAUAGUUUAAUAUAUUGGAAGCUUAUAAUAGUGGUAUUUUUUUAAAUAGAUGUACUGUGUUUGUAAUUUGUUUCAGGAUUUGUCAGUCAGAAUCAUAAAGCUAUUGUGACAGGUACAGAUGAAUGCCGUACAGGGUGGGACAGGUGAAUAUUUCUUUAAAGCAGAUUUGUGUCAAAUCUGCAGUAGAACCUCAAGAUUAUUUUUGUAAGACUUUUCUUCACCUUGUAUAACUAUGAAAUUUUGUUUUAUUGAUAAAAAAUAUAUACUCUUUAUAUUUCCUAAUACUGUGGUUUGUACACAAAACAACCUGAGUGAUGCUUUAUUUACGUGUAUAUUGUAAACUAGGCAUAUGGCCUGUUUUUAAUUCAGGUUAAAAUGAUAUAAUCUAAUAUUUUUAACUUUGUAUUUUGUAAAUUGUUACUUACAAAAGCAGAAGCAUUAAACACCACUUUGGCU